CCGGAAGCGGGGGAAAAGCAGGCUUCCGGUUCCGGCCGGGUAGAAAUGGCGCCCCUUGGGCGCUACGUCCUGAUCUUCGGCGGCUUCGCUGCUGCGGUGGGCCUGACCCUCUACCCCAUCUUCUUUUACCCCAUGAGCCACCUGGGGGACUACAAAAAGACACAAAGUAUAAAUCGAGCCGGCAUUAUCCAAGAAGAUGUACAGCCUCCAGGAUUAAAAGUGUGGUCUGAUCCAUUUGGAAGAAAAUAAAAACCUCUCUCUGGGUGAGAGCUUGAAGAAGCGUGGAUCUCCGCUUUUGCCAUCCAUGAUACUCCAAGUCCUUUCUGACAACUGAAAUAAUGUAGAAAAAGGGUUUGGCAUGUUGGCUUGCAUUCAUGCGUAUAGACUCGUAGUAGUUGCUAAUUUUCAAACAUUAAGAUUGUCUAUGAUUUUGAUGACAUAGCAAAGAGAAUUGUACAGAAUGAUUUUGUUGAGAAAAUGGAAUAAUUGUGUUUUUCUUUAUUGAAAGAAUAAAUGUUAUUUUGAUCUGCACAGAUUAUGCAGCUGAUGUCUGCAUAAAAUAUGCUAAUAAUAAAGUAUAUU